UUGCCUACCGUGGAAAGUUCUUUGGCUGAGAUGGAUGACAACAGUAUUAACAGAGAACUGAAGCAGAAAUUAAACUUCUCCUGUUGUGAGGAAGAGAGUGAGAACAAAGAGCAUAAGGAAGCACCGGAGGGCUGGGAGGCCCAGACCUUCUCCCCAGAGCAGUCUGAAUCCAAGGAUUCAGAGGCCCUGUUUACACCACCCAGGAUACCCCUGAGGGACGCACGCGGACUCCACACAUUUCAGGAAAAAGCCAAAGUGAGUACAGAGCCUGGUUUUGGGACCCUGGUGUCAGAACCACCCAAGUGUCCUACAACACCAGCCCAGCCAGAUGACAGAAGCAAGCUGUUGUACUGCGAGAGUCCUGUCACUCCCAAAGGCCAGCCAAGCCAGUCCAUGAUUUCUUCAACAGGGAAGCUGCCCUCCUGAGGCUCUAAGCAUUUUAGGCUCACACCUGUCUCCCUAACAGAUGAAAUGACCUCAUUAUCUCUGGUUAAUAUUAAUCCCUUCACCCCAGAGUCCUAUAGAAAACAGUUCCAUCAAUCCAGUGGCAAGAGGAAAAUCCGAGGAGAUCUCGAGGAAGCUGAUCCGGGGGAAGGUAAAGUAGAACAAGGGCUGCCUGCCAAGAGAUAUGUUCUACGAGAAACCAACAUGACUUCCCGUUAUGAAAAAGAAUUCAUGGAGGUAGAAAAGAUUGGAGUUGGGGAAUUUGGUACAGUCUACAAGUGCAUUAAGAGGCUGGAUGGAUGUGUCUAUGCAAUAAAAUGCUCCACGAACUCUUUUGCAGAAUUAUCAAAUGAGAAUUCAGUUUUGCAUGAAGUUUAUGCUCAUGCGGUACUUGAUCAUCACCCCCAUGUGGUACGUUACUACUCUGCAUGGGUAGAAGAUGACCACAUGAUCAUUCAUAAUGAAUACUGCAAUGGUGGGAGCUUAUAGGCUGCUAUAUCUGAAAACACGAAGUCUGGCAAUCACUGUGAAGAGCCAAAACUCAAAGACAUCCUUCUGCAGAUUUCUCUUGGGCUCAAGUACAUCCACAAUGCUGGCAUGGUGCAUCUGGACAUCAAACCAAGUAACAUCUUCAUUUGUCAUCAGAUACAAAGGGACUCUCCUAUAGUCCAAGAAGAUAUUGAAAAUGAUGCUGAUUGGUUUCUCUCUACCAAUGUGAUAUACAACAUUGGAGACUUGGGUCUUGCAACAUCAAUAAGCGAACCCAAAGUGGAAGAGGGAGAUAUUCACUUCCUAGCUAAAGAGAUUUUGCAAGAGGAUUAUCAGCAUCUCCCUAAAGGAGACAUAUUUGCCUUGGGAUUAACAAUGACAAAGGCCGCAGGAGCAGAGUCAUUACCCAGCAAUGGUGCCAAGUGGCAUCAUAUCCGCGAGGGUAACCUUCCACACAUUUGUCCUGACCCUGUUGUAAAUGUUAUGACUGGUUUUGAUUUUCUGGGUGUCACCAAUUUCUCCUUGAUUUGA